AUGACUGGAACGAAGGAAAGGAAAAUUCUUCGUCCCACCAGAGAAGCGCUUCGCCCCUCCUCCAGUCUCCUCGCAGCAGCAGCACUGGCAGCAGUUCUUGUGCUCUUUAAGGCUCAGUUGGUAUUGCAUUGUCUGAAGUCAUAUACCUCUUUCAAUCUCUUCAAGUGCUCAGUGCUCAACGAUCUCUUUUUUUCUGGGGUUUCUCCUUCUCAUCUGAAAUCUGAAGGCAGUUCUAUUGCUCAUAUUUUUACCAUCAUCUGA